UUCGGGGCGGACUGGCAAAAGGCGGCGCGUCUGGAGAGGUGGGGCCCCGAGGUGACCGGCGCCACUGCGAAACGCCCGCGCCACCCCCCCAGUCGGAGUGGUUCAGCCCGAGAACUUUUCAUUCAUAAAAAGAAAGGACUCCGCAAGGAGCGAGUGAGUCAGAACCCAAGCCGCCGACGCGGACCCCACGGAGCAGCCAGCCCAGGGCAUGUACCGAGACUUCGGGGAACCCGGACCGAGCUCCGCCGCCGGCGGUGCGUACGGCGGCCCAGCGCAGCCCCCGGGGACGGGCCAGCAGAAGUUCCACUUCGUGCCAAGCAUCAACGCUGUGAGUGGCAGCCAGGAGCUCCAGUGGAUGGUGCAGCCUCACUUCCUGGGACCCAGCAGCUACCCCAGGCCUCUGGCCUACCCCCAGUACAGCCCCCCACAGCCCCGGCCAGGAGUCAUCCGGGCCCUGGGGCCACCUCCAGGCGUGCGUCGCCGGCCCAGUGAACAGAUCAGCCCGGAGGAGGAGGAGCGCCGUCGAGUGAGGCGCGAGCGGAACAAGCUGGCGGCGGCCAAGUGCAGGAACCGAAGGAAGGAACUGACCGACUUCCUGCAGGCGGAGACCGACAAACUGGAGGACGAGAAAUCCGGACUGCAGCGAGAGAUCGAGGAGCUGCAGAAGCAGAAGGAGCGCCUGGAGCUGGUGCUCGAAGCCCACCGCCCCAUCUGCAAAAUCCCAGAAGGGGCCAAGGAGAGCGACACUGGCGGCACAGGCGGUACCAGCGGCACCCGCAGCCCACCAGCCCCCUCCUGCCCUGUGCCUUGUAUCUCCCUUUCCCCGGGGCCUGUCCUCGAACCCGAAGCAUUGCACACCCCCACACUCAUGACCACACCCUCCCUGACUCCUUUCACCCCUAGUCUGGUCUUCACCUACCCCAGUACCCCUGAGCCCUGUUCCUCAGCCCAUCGCAGGAGUAGCAGCAGCAGUGGGGACCCGUCCUCUGACCCCCUCGGCUCCCCCACCCUCCUGGCCUUAUGAGGCACCCCAGCCCCCGCUCCCUGUAGGAGCCACCCUAGCCAACAUACCCCUCCCCACCACUGGUCCAGCUGGCCUGGACCGUAUCCCGUCCCCAACCUCAGCAGGUUCUUCUCCAUCCUUCCAGAUGAGACUGAGCAUAUUUUACUUUCUGGUAGAGCCAGCUUGAGGCCACCGAAGCUGCCUGCUGUUUCUCUAGAGCUGGCCUCUCUCGCACAAUUUGCACGAAAUCAGAGACAAAAUAUUUCCCAUUUGUGCUAGAGAAUUCCUGGCAGCCCCAAAGGACUUUGCAGAUCCCUAGAGGUCCUCUGGAGCCCUAACCCUCUCCAAACCACCCUAGAGUCUUCAUCACCCUCUUCCUAUGAUCCACCCGACUCUCCUCCUUGACAGAAAGUGAUACUCUACCAGCCUAGAACACUAACUCGCCCAGCCCCACUGCCAGCAGCACCAGAUGAUUGAACCAUGGCAUCCUGCCGGCCCUCCUGAGUGGCACAGCUCAGGAGGGCACCAGAGGCUUCCAUGAGGAGCUGACUUGCAGCCCCCAGCUCUGAGAAGUCUUUAGCUCCAGGGAAUCCAAGCCUCCACAGCGAGGGCAGCUGCUAUUUAUUUUCCUAAAGAGAGUAUUUUUAUACAAACCUGCCAAAAUGGAAUAAAAGGCUUGAAGCUCUG